GAAAAUGUGCAGAAUGUCGUCCAAAAUCCAUCUCUUCCAACUUCUCCCACUGGGCUACCACUUUUUGGUAGUGAGUGGAAACGCCAAGCGGAUGUUUCACAUUUAUACAUCCGGUGAAAUAUCUGUCUCAUUGUUCUAUCUGUGCGACUAGUUUACAUGCAAUUUUUUAUUAUUUGAUAAAUACUGCACCAAACAUCUUAGCUAAAUGUAAAAUUGCACUACUCGGCAAAAACGUCAACAUUUAUUUAUUUUAGAUGAAUUCUGACUAUUUUGAGGAAGUGUUUCUGGCCAUGUUGUUGCUAAGGUGUCUCAAGAGGGGAAAACAACAAUAAUUAUUGCUUAUUUGAUCUCAUUUUUCAAGCGAAGGUCUUUGGUGUGUUUAAGAGUCCAGGCGGUCCCUUCGCUUAGCUGAGUUAUGCUAGGAGCAAACCGAAUCUAUUUUUAUUUGAUUUAUUUCACCUUUAUUUAACCAGGUAGGCUAGUUGAGAACAAGUUCUCAUUUGCAACUGCGACCUGGCCAAGAUAAAGCGUAGCAAUUCGACACAUACAACAACACAGAGUAGAAUAAAGAAAACAUACAGUCAAUAAUACAGUAGAACAAAAGAAAACAAAAAGUGUAUAUAUACAGUGAGUGCAAAUGAGGUAAGUUAAGGAAAUAAAUAGGCCAUGGUGGCGAAGUAAUUACAAUAUAGCAAUUAAACACUGGAAUGGUAGAUCGGCAGAAGAUGAAUGUGCAGGUAGAGAUACUGGGGUGCAAAGGAGCAAAAUAAAUAAAUACCAGUAUGGGGAUGAGGUAGGCUGAUGGUACAGUUAUCACGUCGGGGACAACAGUUGUUGACAACCAUAGCGUUUUAGCUUUAUUUUGUAUUUGUAUUUAUUUAACUAGGCAAGUCAGUGAAGAACAAAGUUUUAUUUACAAUUACGGCCUACCUCGGCAAAACCCUCCCCUAACCCGGACGACGCUGGGUCAAUUGUGCGCCGCCCUAUGGGACUCCCGAUCGGUUGUGAUUACAGUCGGGGAUCGAGUCAGGGCCUGUAGUGACUCUGAGUUUCAGUGCCUUAGACCGCUGCGUCACUCGAAAGCCCCAGUCCCGACAAACCAUCACUGUCACCACCGGUAACAAAAUAAGGGUAGACCAAUCAUUUAGUAAAAAUUCAGCAAUAGCCUAAAAAGCUAGCGUACAAUAAUCAACACGGCAUGUUCCCCAUCAUUUAUUUUCAGCUACAUCCUGCCACCUUAUCAGCUGUUGUCAGACACACCCGGGUCUGAGAAGUAGGCCUUAUUUCACAUAUUCAUAUUUUUAUUAAUUCGAGCUAAAAAACAAAGCCUGAUUUAACAUCAAACAAUUUGUCUGCACAAAUAUUUGCACGUGCAUAAAGUUGGUCUGGUGCUGUAGAACAUUGUCGGUCACGUGACAUUUUAUCAGGAAGUUACAUUUAGCGCUUUUUGAUUUUUAAGUUUUAUAUUAGUGGAUGCUUGCUUGUAUGAACACCCCGAGCGAACUGUUUGUGGUUAUAUGAUGAAUACAACCAACAAAAUAAAAAUAAAAUGUCGCGCAUUGAUUUAUGAUGAACCUUUGCUGAUUAUGACGCAUACUGCCGUAUCCACGACAACGGAUGUAAAAAAGAAACAAACAUGGCAUAAAAUUAUUCUGCAAAAGGUUUCUUUUUUUUAACCUAAAAAUGAAUUAUAAUUAUCCAAUGACAAACACACGCUCCAAACCAGGACUUGGAUUAGUUGACGGUGGAGAAUCUGAUAAAGGACUGGCAAGUGUCUCUCAGAGAGGAAUGGAUGACACGGGAGAGUCGAUGAUGAUGACUCCUGAGGAAAAACUUACCCAGUAUGAUAGCAGGGCCCAAGCCUUUGCAGACACUCAACAGUUUGAUGCUUGUAUCCAGGACCUUGUCCGCUGUGUGGCUCUUACAAGACUGGUAUAUGGAGAUGGGCAAUUGAAACUAGCCCAAGCCCAUGUCAGACUGGCUAAAGCAUACCUACAGUUUAAAGGCUGGGCAGUGCAGGCCCAGGAGCACUCAGCCAGAGCCAGUGACCUGCUCCCCUUCUGCACCCCCAACUCCACCAGCCCGGAGGACAGGGUCCACAUUCUCGCCUGUCUCCUCAACAUAUACCUAACACAGGGAGGCGCCACUCUGCUGCUGGCAAAUCUCGAGGAAGCAGAGUAUAAUCAUCGAAAAGCAGAGAGGAUUGUGGUCGAACUUCAUCAGCUAGGAGGCAUGAGCAAGGAGGAGAAAAUGGAGACUGAGUUUCAGAUAUCCACGUCUCUGUCCAGGGUGUACCAGCGGCAAGGCAGGUCAGAGGAGGCCCUGGGUCAGUGUGAGAGUAGUUUGCAGCUGCUGGAGGGCUGGGAAAGGCCAGGUCAGGCCUGCUCCGUCUAUAAGGACAUGGCUGCCAUCGAACAGGCCCAGGGCCGCCUCGACAGAGCUUUAGAGCACCUCUCUAAGGCUCAUGCCAUAGCUCUGAGUCAGAGCCCUGGGGGUCUGGAUGGGGCUCACAUCGCUCACAGCCUGGCCUUGGCCUACUCUACUGUAGCAGAGCCCCACCACAAUGACUCAGCAGCACACUACUAUGAGGAGAGUCUGAGUACAUACAGGAGCUCCCUAGGCCCACAGGCUACUGUCACUCUCAACCUUCAGGAUGACUACUGUCGCUUCCUCCUCCUCACUGGGCAGCAAGAGAGGUGUGUAGAGAUCCAGAGGGAGUCCCUGGCCUUGAAGAGAGAGACGUUUGGUGACCUGAGUCCUGAGGUGGCUGACACACUGCAGCUGAUUGGAGGGGUGCAGAUGACCCAGGGCCAGGUGAAGCAUGCCCAUAGGACCAUGAGCAAGUGUCUGGACAUUCAGAGUAUCCUGUAUGGCUCUCAGCAUAAGAAGACAAGAGCCACGCAGAAGACAGUGGACAUGCUGGCCCAGGCGCCCGAGGUUGCUGGGAGACAGAAGAGGGAGGGUAGCCUGAAAACAAGGCCUCCUUUCUGUGCAGUCCUACCUUCUUAUAGCAAGGCAGGAGGAAACGCCAACAUGUCGGACUCCUAACAUGCCAUCAGAGCUGAGCUGGAUGAAUGAGCCUUGGCCCUCUAAGAAAAUAAAGCCUCUCCCUUUGUCGCAAGGAGAAAUUCUAUGAAUUGGAAAUUAACCAAGAAGACCCCUGGCAAUCCUUUCUGUUUUCAUUGUGCAUUCUCUGCGAAAUUAGUGUCAGGCUGUUGGCAGGACAACGCAGACAGAACUCCUCAGAAUGAAGGGAAGGUUCUACAGCUCAGGAGAAGAGCUGCAGCGGAGGACUCUGUCCCUUCCCUGUCUCUCUGUGUAUACAACGAAGACGUUCAAUGUUAUGUUUAUGUUGUAUUAAUAAAGACUCAAACUCAGGAAACACA